CCCCCCCGGCUCCGCCGCCCCGUAAGUACCGGGCGCUCCGGGCGGCCGAGCAGCCGCGAUGGGCGCCCGCGGCGGCUCGGGGCUCUACGUGGGGCGCCGGGCGGCCGCCCUGGUGGCCGCGGUGCUGCUGGCCCUGCUGGCCGCCCUGCUGGCCCUCGCCGCCCUCUACGGGCGCUGCCGCGGGGAGGAGGCGCCCCCGGCGCCCCCCUCGCCCCCCGACGGGGCGGCCGGAGGAGCCGGUGUCCCCGGGGGUCCGCCGGGGGUCCCGUCGUGGCGGCGGCUGCCCCGGCACCUGCUGCCGCUGCACUACGACCUGGAGCUGUGGCCGCGGGUGCGGCCGGGGCAGGCGGGACCCUUCUCUUUCGUCGGGCAGGUGAACAUCACGGUGCGCUGCCGGCAGGACACGCGGGCCGCGGUGCUGCACAGCGCCGGGCUGCGCAUCCGGGGAGCAGCCGUCCGGGGACCCCUGCCCGAGCCGGGAGACGCCGUCUGGGGGUCCCUGCCCAACACCGGAGUCGUUGUGGAGGUGCCAGAGCUGCAGGAGGCAGCGGGAGAGGUGGCGGUGCUGGAGCUCCGCGGGCGGCUGCAGGCCGGGCGGCGCUACGUGCUGCAGCUCGGCUUCCAGGGCCGCCUGGAGGAGGACCUGGACGGGCUCUUCCUCACCCGCUACACCGACCAGGGGCGCAGCAGCAUGCUGAUUGCUUCCCAACUGGAACCAACAUAUGCCAGGACGGUUUAUCCAUGUUUUGAUGAGCCUGCCAUGAAGGCCACCUUUAAUAUCAGAAUUAUCCACGACCCAAGCUAUGUGGCUCUUUCCAACAUGCCUGCUAUUGACACAUCUGAGAUGAAGGACGAAAAUGGAAGCCUGUGGACUGUUACUACCUUUAAAACUUCAUUGAAAAUGUCGACUUAUAUAACUGCUUUUGUGAUUUGUGAUUUUGAUUAUGUCACCAGAACUGAGCGGGGAAAUGAGAUACGUAUUUGGGCUCGGAAAGAAGCCAUUAAAAAUGGGUAUGUUGACUAUGCUUUAAAUAUCACAGGCCCAAUAUUUUCAUUUCUGGAAGACUUGCUUAACAUCAGCUACCCGCUGCCAAAGACAGAUCUGGUUGCACUGCCUGAUUUUGGAGCAGGUGCUAUGGAAAACUGGGGGCUAAUGACUUUCCAAGAAUCAUCACUGAUGUACCUCCCAAGUGAUAAAUUCACAAGCAGAAAGGCAAUGAUUGCCAUAAUUGUGUCACAUGAGCUAGGACACCAGUGGUUUGGAAAUUUGGUUACAAUGAAGUGGUGGAAUGAUCUGUGGCUUAAUGAGGGGCUGGCAUCUUACUUUGAGUACCUUGGAGCUACCUUUGUUGAACCCAGGCUUUCACUGGAUAAAAUCUUCUAUGAUCAUGUUGUACAACCUGUCUUAAGGGAAGACAAUGAAGUAGGAGUUCGAUCACUGUCACAGAAUGAAGACAAGAUCAAAGGAUCGUUUUCAUUAAUUUCUCUGUUUGACAGCAUCACGUACAACAAGGGGGCUUCUAUUACCUGGAUGCUUUCUGGUUUUCUGACUGAGAAGUUGUUUAUCAAAGCUCUUAAUUUAUAUCUGAAAGAAUUUUCCUUUUCAAACGCUAACCAAGAUGAUCUCUGGACCCACAUACAGAUGGUUGUAGAUGCACAGGAUGAAGUUCACUUGCCAGCAUCUGUAAAAAAAAUAAUGGAUUCCUGGACAUGCCAAAAUGGGUUUCCAGUUUUAACAUUAAACAUAACCACUGGCACAAUCAGUCAGGAACAAUUUCUUAAUAAAAAAAAUGAAAACACCAGUACUGAUUCUUACAACAACACAUGGAUUGUUCCUAUUUCUUGGAUGAGAAAUGGAUCAUCACAACCUCUAAUAUGGCUAGAUAAAAGCAGCAAAUUUUUUCCUGAAAUGCAAGUGUCAGAAUCAGAAUAUGACUGGAUCCUGCUAAAUGUAAAUUUAAGUGGAUACUACAGAGUGAACUACGACCAGUUAAACUUAAAAAGAUUAGUACACUUGCUUGAAAAUGAUCCAAAGGCUAUUCCUGCUGUCAGCAGGUUCCAGCUCCUGGAUGAUGUUUUUGCAUUGACACAGUUUGGAUAUAUUCAGAUUGAGACAGCACUUGAACUAACAAAGUACCUUGCCAGAGAAGAUGAACUCUUCAUAUGGAAUGUGGUAUUGCUAAAUCUAGUGCCCGAGAAUUUGGAAAGUACUUUGAAAAACUAUGAAGUAUAUCCACUUUUAAAGAAAUACCUUUUAAAGAGAAUGUUGCCAAUAUACCAUUAUUAUGCAGGUUUUAUUCGUCAAAAUGUUGAUGCUUUGGAACAUGACUAUUUUGCAAAAGUGUAUUUGGAAAAACUUUUUGCAACAGCAUGCUGGCUGGGCCUCCAAGACUGUUUGGACCUGUCAUAUGAACUGUAUACUAAGUGGAUGGACAACCCUCAGUACAAAAUUCCCUUUCUAAUUAGGAGAACGGUCAGUUGCUAUGGUGUUGCACUGGGAAGUGAUAAAGAAUGGAAUUUUGCAUGGGAAAUGUAUAACCAUACCGACUCCACAAAGGAAGACAAAGACAUCCUCCUCUCUGCCAUGAGCUGUGCCAAAGAGUCAUGGUUACUUCACAGAUACUUGCAAUACGGACUCAGUGAUACAUUAUUUUCUUCCAACUGUACAUCAAUCAUCAUUUCAUAUGUGGUGACUAAGGACAUUGGACACCGAAUAGCCUGGGAUUUUGUUACAGAAAAUUGGCCCCUUUUAAAUGAAAGGUAUGGGAAGGAAUUAUUGCAUGAUGUAUUAAAAGUCAUGGGAAGAUUUGUCAAUACAGAUGUACAGAUCCAAGAGUCCAUCUGCCUAGACUCUUUCCCAAGGUACUCUUUAUUUUUCCUGAAGAAUUCAAUUUUUGUGCUGUCUGCAUGUGAUCAGCACACCUGUGUCAGCCCUGAACUGCAGUUCAGGAAGCACAUUUUUUUCUGUAAUGACAGAUUCUCACGAAUAAUGUGCUUUUUCAGCCAUUGAUUGAUGCAUGCAUAUAUACAGAAAGUAACUGAGAAUUGAUGGCUAAUUAGAAGAACAAUUCAGUCAGUUCUUAAAAUAAAAGAAAUCUCUCCUAAACAUGCAUGAACUAAAAGAUUUUUGUCUUUUGUACCUCAGGGAAAAGUUAACUACCUGUGAUGACAAAAAUAAUAGUCCAGUGUCACCCUUUCAGUUAACUUUCAGGUUUGGAAUAGAGACCCAGUAAAUAUCAUCAAAGUUGCCUCAUUUUCACCUUUAAAAUCUGCCUGUAAAGAUAACCUUCUCCAUAAUGUCUAUAGGCAACUUAACAGAAGUCAGGCUGCUGGCAUGUUAGGUUGUCAUCUGUGAUGCAGAGAGAUGCAUUUCUCUCAUUGCACAUUGCCCCCUUCCUCUCUUCCUCCCUUCCCCCCCCAUCUCACUCCCCCAUCCGUGUAAAUUUCUUUGCUAUUCUUAAGUCCUGACUUGUCUUCUGCUCUUCAGAUCGAUGGGAGAGACUUCUUGCACUGUGAUUGUAGACAAAACAGCACAAGAGGAUUCUGCUCCCCAGCUAGUUGUAGACACCAGUGGUAGUGAAGCUGGCUGCAUCUGGAAAGACCUUUAAAGGGAUGGCAAAAAGGCACACUCCUGGUGUGCAAGGAGCACCUAGUGUAAUCAGUACCCUUGCCUCAUCCACUACUCUCUACAGUCGUUCCCUGUUCUAUGUCUAAAGGGUCUGUCAGAUACGUGGUUGUUUGUUUCAAGUGCAAUUACAUGGACUAACCUCACAUGUUUA